ACAGAUCACUUCAAACCACAACUGCAAUACAGUCGAUAGAUAAUAAUCCUACAGCUGCAGAGAAUAAAACAGUACACUUGGUUAAGUGGAAACUGGUAGUGCAGAAUUGAAUGGAAUGUUUUUUAGAUCCAUGUUGGAACACAGAGGUCAUUUUCAACAGGGCUCUUAUGUAUAAUGUCAUAUUUUGAUGAAGGGGUGCACUAUAAAUGGCACACAAGAUGAAAUACUACACAGUUGAGACUGGCAAUACUUUGGAUUCUCACAUUCAGUUUAUGAGACGACUCAACAACACCACAAGGUGUUUUACGGAAGUCAAGUCUCCAGAGGAGAGUGAUGUCAUCAUGGCUUUCUGUCCCAUCGUCUCUCGCGCCGGGACUGAUAUUGAUGCAGCACUGCAACAGAUUCCAAAGGGUAAAGAUGUCAUUCUGGUAGUGCUGCAUCACACCUUCAACCCAGACGACACUGUACCUUACAGCAGCAGACUAGUGACCAGAAGUGAUGUAAUACUCACAGUGGACUGUCUGUUCCAUGAGAGACUGGGAGGACUACUGGACUGUCCUCGCAAUGAUGCAGCAGUCAGAAAUAUUAGGCAGAAGUUUGACACAGUGGACUGUCUGUUCCAUGAGAGCCAGGGACUACUGGACUGUCCUCGCAAUGAUGCAGCAGUCAGAAAUAUUAGGCAGAAGUUUGACAUAGAUCCUAUGGCCAGAAAUUGUGACUGUCUAGCUUGGAUUCUAAACGCUGCCAUGGGGUUACUGUCUUUAUGCCGCAACUGCCCUUGUAUGGUGUUUUCUUACAUGAUGGGGCUCAUCUCAGGCAAAAAUCCAUGUCCCUUUGCAAGACCUCAUUCCAGAAAUGAAGACUAUUUACAUUUGGCCCAACUAUGAACAUGUGAUAAUAUAUAGUGUGACUCCUGUAAACGUGAUGAUCAAUUCCCUUAGAGAACAAAUGUUAUGGAUUACAUCUUUAAUUGCAUGUCAUUUAGGCCUACUUGAGAAAGUACAGAUAAUUUACAGUGGUAAUGUAUGGAAUUAGGCCUGGCUGUAUCAAUGUAACAAUAAUAUGGAAAUAAAAAAGAAACUGGAUUUGUGGAAGGGCA